AUGCAGACCACUCAGAUCGUCGUCGCCAUCGCGGCGGCUACCGCCGCCGUCUCGGCACGCAACGUCGUCCUCCCCGAGGACGUGGUGCGACAGAUAUCCUCCAGUAACCCCGUCAUUCUCACCGGCAACUUUGAGAAUUUCCGCUUAACCACCACCGCCACCACCACCAGUGACGGUGCCGCGCAGCCGACCACCUUGGCCACCAGCGUCAGAACGGAGAUCCUGACGGAGGGGUUUGCCUUUGGUGUCCCCCUCAUUCAUACUGGUAACCAUGAGGGCUGGUGCCCCUCCAAACCCCCUGCCGUCGGUGCCGCGCAGAUCACUGCCUCCGCCACGGAUGCCGGAACGGAGGACCACGAGCGCCGCCAUCUUGGUGGCCCCUGGGCCACCAAGAUCCACGAUCUCUUCGAACCAAAGUCGAAGAAGCAGGACUGA